GUUAGGUUUUGAAAUCCGUGUGAUUUCGCCAUGACCAACCACGACGCUAUUUACGGAGUCUUCGCCGAGAGAGAUUCGCCGUCCGACGAUUCUAGCGGCGGAGGUCGGAGGAAGAGGCGUAGGGAUCAUCAGGAGGCCGAUUUAACCAAGCCUGUCAAUUUCGUUUCUGCAGUGAGGAGGAUAAUCUGUUGCUGGGUGCUUUUGGGAAGAAGAUAGCUAAGGGGGCGAAGAUGAGAGUUAAGGCGAAGAAGGGGAAGAGAAGUGGAGAGGGAGGGGAGAAGGAUGGUUUAGGUGGUGAUAUAGGUAUGUAUGAGAAGGAUAAUAGAGGAAUUGGUAUGAAGAUUCUUGUAAAUAUGGGGUACAAAGGAGGUGGGCUUGGGAAGAACCAGCAAGGUAUUGUAGCUCCUAUUGAAGCACAUUUGAGGCCGAGGAAUUCUGGUCUUGGUUUCAAUGGUUUUAAGGAGGUUAAGUUGCCUGAUUUAAAGGAGGAGGAGAAGAAGAAUGUUGUGAAUGAUCAGAGUUAUGGUGAUAGAGGUGGUUUGAAGAAGAAGAGGAAGAAGGUGAGGAAGGAAGUUUAUGUCACUGCGGAUGAGUUGUUGGAGAUGAAGCAGGAAGAGGGUUUUGGUGGUGGACAGACCAUUAUUGAUAUGCGAGGACCACUGGUUCGGGUAGUGACGAAUUUGGAAAAUUUAGAUGCAGAGGAGAAAGAUGUUCCAAUGCCGGAGCUACAACACAACUUACGACUGAUUGUUGAUUUGGUCGAACUUGAAAUUCAGAGGAUUGAUAGGGACUUGAGGAACGAGAGGGAAUCAGGGUUAAGCUUGCAGCAGGAGAAGGAGAUGCUUAUAAAAGAAGAAGAGAGGCAGAAAACACACUUAGAUAACAUGGAAUGUAUCCUAGAUGAAAUAUUUCUGAUCGUGCUGGAGAAUGCGUCUGGGAGUUUGACAUUGGAUUCACUUGCUAGUCGUUUUGGGGAUCUGCAAACAAGCUAUCCUGAAGAUUAUAAGCUUUGUAACUUGUCCACCAUUGCUUGCUCACUGGCCUUGCCUCUGUUUAUCAGAAUGUUUCAAGGCUGGAACCCUCUAAGCGAUGCUGUGCAUGGUCUGAACGCUAUGUCUUCUUGGAGAAAGCUUUUGGAAGUCGAGGAUAAUCAAAAUAUCUGGGUAUUAUCAACGCCUUAUAGCCAACUAGUCUCGGAGGUAGUGUUACCUGCUGUGCGUAUAGCAGGCAUCAAUACGUGGGAACCUAGAGACCCUGAGCCGAUGCUUAGAUUCUUAGAGACAUGGGAAAAUUUACUGCCUUUAUCUGUCUUGCAUACGAUUCUGGACACUGUAGUGCUGCCAAAACUGUUAACUGCUGUUGAAUAUUGGGAUCCACGAAGGGAACUUGUUGCCAUCCAUGUUUGGGUGCAUCCUUGGUUGCCAAUACUUGGACAAAAGUUGGAGUUUCUGUAUCAGAUCAUUCAGAUGAAACUGAGUAAAGUUCUUGAUGCUUGGCAUCCUAGUGAUCCAUCCGCCUACACUAUUCUCUCACCAUGGAAAACGGUUUUUGACGCUACAAGCUGGGAACAACUUAUGCGACGUUACAUAGUUCCCAAACUUCAGCUGGCCAUGCAAGAGUUUCAGAUAAACCCGGAAAACCAGGAAUUAGACCGGUUCAAUUGGGUUAUGAAGUGGACAUCUGCAGUGCCGAUCCACCUAAUGGCUGAUUUGAUGGAGAGGUUCUUCUUCCCCAAAUGGCUUGAUGUGUUGUACCAUUGGUUACUCUCUAAACCGAGGUUCGAAGAGAUCCACGACUGGUACUAUGGCUGGAAAGAGUUAUUCCCGCAGGAGCUUUCAGCUAACGAGAGGAUCCGGAUUCAGUUGAAGCGUGGUUUAGAUAUGUUGAUGGAAGCUGUUGAAGGAGUUGAAGUAUCUCAGCCAAGGGCAAAUGCACAAGUGCAGAAACACUUUGAGCCGGUUCGGGCUGAGGCCAAGGCUCAGAUGGAAAGUAAUGAAGUGCUGAGUUUGACAGAAGUGUUGGAAGUAUUUGCACAAGAGAAGGAGUUGCUGUUCAAACCUAAACCUAAUAGAAUGCACAAUGGUCUUCAGAUAUAUUGGUUUGGGAAUGUGAGUGUGGUUAUAGACUCGGUUAACCAGACGCUGUUGGCUCGGAAAGAGGGAGGCUGGUUUCUUGUAACUCCUGAUGACUUGUUGAGGAUGCACAACAACAAUGCAACUGUUUCUGGAAAACGAUAGAUUA